AACUAGGGCUUUUGGCUGUUCUUCGUCUAGAGGAGGAGCGAUGGGAGUGUCGGGAGCGGUAAAGAGGGGAUCGCGCUGGCUCAAGCCUGAGGUUAUCCCCUUGAUCGGCUUCAUCGGCGCGGCCAUGGGGCUUGCAUCAUUCAUGUGUGUGAGGAAUCUCAUGCUCAAUCCGGAAGUGAGGAUAAACAAGGAGGAUCGAAGCGCUGGGCUCGUCCAGAAUUACAAGGAGGGGUACGAGUACCACGAGCACGGAUUGAGGCAUUACAUGCGCAACAGGAAGUCCGAGAUCAUGCCCCGGAUCAACGAGUACUUCACCAAGACGAGCUAAAAUCUUUCUUCUUUCUCUGGUUGUCUCAAUAAACCACUGAUCAAUUCAAAGGGGAAAAGUCGAGAAUAUCCUUA